CCUCCAGGUCCGGCAGGAAUCCCCCUGUUGGGGAACGUGCACCAGCUUAAUUUGUCUCAACCUUGGCUCACAUUUACGGAGUGGAGAGACUUAUACGGCGACAUCACGUACUGUCGACUCGCAAAUCAAGACAUUAUCCUACUCAACUCGGAGGAGACGGCGGCUGACCUGUUGGACAAGCGGUCGCUCAACUAUUCCGAUAGGACGAAUAUGUCAUCUCUGCUUGAGACAUAUUCACUGGGAACAUUGACCCCGUUCUUGCCCUACGGUGAUGUUUGGCGUUCGCAUCGGCGCAUUUUCAAUCAAGGAAUGCGCGGGGAUGUGGUUGAAGCGUAUCAUCCCGCGCAGGCGCAAUGCGCUCUCGACCUUGUGGAC